CUCGGAUUCUCUGCUCAUCCACUGUUCAUGGAGAUUAAAUUACAUCCAUCAAGGAAUACGUUCUUACACUCGUUUUACACUCUUACGCUACUACUAGUAUCAUCACCAUCAUCAAUAUCAAUACAAGAUCCUCAAAAUCUCUGCAAUUAGAUAGAAAAACCAUGUCUGAAGAGAAGAGGAGAAAUGGUAAUGGAGGAGGAGUUUUAUACAAGAAAGUAUCACCACCACCAUCAUCAUCACCACCACCACCACCACCACCACCACAACCACUGGAUGAGAAAAGAUCUUCAUCAACAUCAUCAUCAGAAAAAACUAGUACUACUACUAAGAAAGCUAUCAUCAAGAGUGCUGAUAUGAAAGAAGAUUUACAGAAAGAAGCCAUUGAGUUCGCCAUCUCUGCAUUUCAGAAACACAAUGUGGAGAAAGACAUAGCUGAGUAUAUCAAGAAGGAAUUUGAUAAGAAGCAUGGCCCUACUUGGCAUUGUAUUGUUGGUCGCAAUUUCGGUUCAUACGUGACUCACGAGACGAAUCACUUUGUUUACUUCUACUUGGACCAAAAAGCAAUCUUGUUAUUCAAGUCCGGUUGAUUAUGGCUGCAAUGAUGGUAAUGAUGACGGCAAUUAUGAUGGUGAACUUUUAUGAUUGGGAUGCUUUUGGAGCAACUUGUAUGCAUCCAUUGGAACCUUAGCGUGCAAAAUCUCUACUUCUCUCUACUCAGUAUGUAUAUUUUAGAAAUCUGUUUCUCAUGACACCAACUCUCCCCAUGAAUCUAAACUUGAUUCUCAUUCUCAUUAGUAUUGUUCCUGAUACUGAUCCCCGACUACAUUAUUCCACGUAUAUGAUUCCGUUUGAUGAAUUAUGUUGUAAGAGGUUCAUUACAUUGUUAGAUCCAGUCAAGAAAUCAUAGUUGUAGCA